ACGAAAACAAAAGGAAGCUUGUAAAAUAAAAUAAUAACUAAUACUCUGCGCUGUCUUACUCAAGCAUGGAUUGGUAUAUUGGCAAUGAGUGGACCGAUGCCACACGAGGAUUGCAUAAAAAAGUGUUAAAUCUAAAUCUGCAGCUUCAUUGCGUUGAGAAACCACUCGCCAUUAGCACCUUGAUAUUUACAGUAAACAAAUCAUGUGCAAACUUGGGAGACCGGCCAAGCAAAUACUUGGCUAACAAUGAUGAGAGUCAGCAUGAGAUGGAAAUGGGCACAGCUGUCACCCCUAUUGAUUGCUACUUGGAACUGUUGAUGCAGCAGUUUAUAGCGGGCGAAACUUCAGCUUGCAGCAUUAAAACUAAAUCUGGCGAUACUCUUCAGUUUGAGCUUAAGCUGGAAUUAAUUGUCAUAAAUACACAGAUUGAGACGUUGAAAGGAGCUGAACUGCAUAAGCUGGCAUUGCAGUAUAAAGAAAAUGGUGUCGCUAUGUACAAGACGUAUCCAAAGUUUGCCUUCGACUAUUUUGUGCGUGCGGCCAAGCUACUCAUUACCUAUAAACCGUUUGAUAAAUUGGAUAGCAAAAUAGAAGGCAUUGAAGGUAGCGAAUUGGAGACGCUCUUCGUGCAAGUCCAAACAAAUAUAGCUGCAUGUAUGCUGCAGGAGAAGCGUUAUGAGCAUGUCAUUUAUCACACGGAUUUUGUGGAAACUCAGGAGGACCCUAGCGAGAAGAGCCUUUAUCGCCGUGCCCUGGCCUACUACCACAUGCAAGAGUUUGAGAAAGCUCAGCUUACCAUCGAACGGGUGCCCAACUAUGAGAAGAAGCGAGAGUUUACUAAAUUGCUUGAGAAUAUAGCCACCAGCUGGAAGAGUAGCAAAGCUAACUAUAAGCAGGUUGUGCAGCGUAUGUUUAGUUGAGUUCUUUACAAUAAAAAAUAUGUU